UGACAAUACCAGUUUUCCGCCGAAUUUCUACAUUAUUUUGCGAAAUAUUCAUGGGAGUUAUUUUUCCUGUACAAUUUGCAAGCACUGUGGGUCAUUUAUUGGUAAAUUUGUCAAAAUUUGAGUAAGAAUGCGAAAAAUCGGCGCAUUCAUUGAGCCAUCUGACGUCAAUCUGUCAUUUUCCCACCAGUCCAGUGGAGUCGAUUGUGUUGGCUUGGGUCGGUAAAAAUACGAUGUUGUGAAUAUAAAAUCUCGCUGAAAGGGCCCCAAAACGCGUUCGGAAUGGAGGAGGUCGAAUACAACAUGAAUCGUAUUUGUCGCGCGUGCAAAAACGAGUCGUCGGAGAUGAGAUCGGUGUUUGAUGAUUGCGAAUUGCUGACCGAAUGUCCCCGUAUUGACGAGAUGCUAAUGGCUUGUACCUCGGUGCAGGUGAAAGCCGAGGAUAGACUACCGAAGAUGAUUUGCGUCACUUGCACGGAACAGCUCAAAGGGGCCUAUAUUUUCAAGCAACAAUGCCAACAGACCGACGUCAGUCUCAGGGAGUACGUCAAGAAUUUCAAAUCAGUCGACGAUGUCAAGAAGGAAGUGGAGGCCACGGACGGCACUGUCGAAGAGAACCUGGUCGAUGUUCUCUCCGAAGAGGACCCCUCGAAAGACUGUCUUACUUCAACUCAACGCUCCGACUUUAUCGAAUUUAUAGAAGACAACCAAAUGAUUCUGACAUGUCGCGAAUGUGGUAAAAGCUUCACUCGUCUCGAAGGUUUGCGAAGCCACAAGCGUAUCCACUUGGGUACACUUUUCAAAUGUCGUUAUUGUGGCAAAGGUUACACUAGACAAACUCACGUCUACCGACACGAAUUAUCUCACGGCAAACACAAACUCCACGUUUGCAGAAUAUGCAACAAGACUCUAACGAGAAUGGAGCAUUUAAAACGUCACUUGACGACACAUCUAAAAGAAAAACCUUUCUCGUGUAAAUCGUGUAAUAGAGGUUUUAACAGAUCGGAUCAUCUCGAAGUGCAUGCAGUGAGGUGUAAGGGAGAGAGAGUACACAUUUGUGACAUUUGCAAUCGGGGAUUUUCGAGAGAGGAUAGUCUUGAAGUGCACAAAAGGCUGCAUGAGAAUCAAAAACCGGCACUGCCAACUCUAGAGAAUAUAGAUAAUAUCGAGGAGCAUUAUUACGAGAUUGAUUACGAUCCCAACAUGGAUUAUUCGGCUGGUUCGGAUGUUGAUGAUUAUUUAGAGCCGCAUGUGGAAGUUACCGAAAAUUUAGAUGAGGAUAGGAUUAAGGAAGUGGAAAAUUUACAAAACGACGACAGUAAUAAUAAGGGAGAGUCGGACCAGCAGAUGGAUAUUAAAGAUAUGUUGGAAUCUCAGAUUGAUCUUGAGAUCAAUGAAAAUGAUAUCAGUAUUGACGAAGAUAAAAAAAUUAUAAGUAGAAGGUUUGAAAGUGACGAGUAUGUGCCUGAGCAAGAUGACGAUAUGGAGCUUGGCGGUAAGUUAAGUACAGUUGCAGACAAUGACUCCGACAGCGUGGAUUCGGAAUACCUCCCAACUAAAGUACGAAAACGUCGCACUAGAGCACGAAAGAACGCUUCCGGUCACAGGAGCACAGGCCGGCCCCGAGGACGCCCCCCUGGCAUUAAACGAGAACGCAAAGACACCGAUGAAGAAGGCGAAUUCCCAUGUCCCAGCUGUAACGAGAUUUUCCCUCGCAUGAGUCUCUUAGACAAACACUCGAAAAGCCACGAAGCCGCCAAAGUCCACACUUGCAAAGUUUGCAACAAGGAAUUCUCAAGGUUCAAUCAUUUGAAGCGUCAUAUGACAUCGCAUUCGGUUGUGCGACCUUUUUCGUGCGAAAUCUGCGGUAAAAGGUUCUCCAGACGGGACCAUUUGCAACAACACGUGAGACUCCAUGAUAAAAAGCAGGAACACAAGUGCGAUAUUUGUAUGAAGAUGUUUAACAGAGCCGAUCAGUUGGCCAAACACAAGAUUUCGAAACACGAAAUGGGGGAGAAAGUGUUGGGCGAGAAAAAGUUCGAAUGUCAUGUGUGUUUGAAAACCUUCACGACUGAAAAAUACCGUGAUGUCCACGUGAAAGGCCACUUGGGGGAGAAGCGUUUCCAAUGCAAAACAUGCGAUAAGUCUUUCCUGUCAAAGUCGCACCUAACCGAACACAUGAAAUUCCACAACGAACAUUCAAAAAAGUUCCUCUGUUCAGAAUGCGGUCAAAGGUUCAUCAGGAACGAUUAUCUUGUGAUUCACAUGAGACGACAUCGAGGCGAGAAACCUUUCAAAUGCAAAUUCUGCGGGAAGGGUUUUCCCCGAACCACCGACUUGACGGUGCAUGAGCGCUACCAUACGGGAGAAAAGACGCAUCUUUGUACGAUAUGUGGGCGCGGAUUCGGAAGGGCGUACAAUUUGACGGUUCAUAUGAGGACGCAUACGGGGGAAAAACCGUACAGGUGCACGUAUUGCGAGGCGGCGUUUGCUCAAGGAAAUGAUCUGAAAGCACACGUGAGGAGGCAUACGGGGGAGAGGUUUCAAUGCGAGUUGUGUACGGAGAGUUUUCUCAUGGGGUAUUUGCUCACGCAACAUAAAAGGAGUGUUCACGGUUUGAACGUAGUCAGUAAUAUAAGGCGCCUUCACCCCAUUAACAAGAUAAAACAGGACGCGGACGAGCCGCCCCCGAUCACUAUUCCAUUGCCUAAACCGGUAGUACCUGAAAUCCUCAUUACCAAUAUCCAAGCCCACUUGAGUCAAAUCCAACAUCAUCAAAUCGCUAGAGAAUAACGUCUAAAGAUUAAAUUAAAAUGUACAUAUGAAUAUGUAGUUAAGGUACUGUAGUUUUGUCAUUUUCAUUUGAAGAAUUCUCACUCAGUCUUUCACUAAUUUAUGUUUAUUUUCAUUUUAGUUUGAUUUCAAGCAAUGUUUAGCCCAAACUUUGUGUUUUAUGUUUUCUAGCAUGUUUGUAAUGUUACAACGCAUAAUCUGUUUUUUGUAUUAAAACUAUUGAACGAUCAAAAUAUUUUAUGAUUUAAGGCCUAAUGUGAGGCGACAAAUCAAAUGUGUAUUUUUUGAUUGAAACGUAUUACCAUUUUUUAGUGUAUAAAGGAUGCCAUUUUUGUAAUUUACGUUAGUAGACUGUAAAUAUAUUUUUACAUUAUGGAAAAUAAAAUUUUUGUGUGUA